AUGUUUGGGCUCACAGCAUUACUCGAUGCCGCCACCACCACCACCACCACCACCACCACCACCACCACCACCACCACCACCACCACCACCACCUCCUGUUACUGCAUCUUUUCUAAUAGAUCAAAGAUCAUCAAGAUCACGGAUGAUGCUAUUCUUGCUCGAGUCACGCAGAGUCCAACUCUUGUUCUCACCGCAACAGCUGUCGCAAGUGAUGCAUAUUGUCCAUAG